GGGAGGAGCAUACGGUGACGUUUCUGAGGCAAAACGCUGUCAUGGAGGAAUCUACAUACAGGAAUGGAGGAUCGUAUGAGAUUUCAAAAACCCUAAUCCUAAUUUCAAAAUCGAUACGAUGAACAAGAAGAACAACCACCACAAUGCAAAUAGGAAGGUUAAAGAGACGGACAAAAAGAAGAACCAGAAGGGAGAAUUCGAGUUCUGCAAGGUGUGUCGCCUGAAUCACGACCAAGGAGAGCGCCACAAGUACUUCCCGAAACACAAAAGUUCUCUCGCUGCCUUCCUUUCUCGGUUCCAAUCGAAGCUGAACGACGUACGUUACUUCGUCAAACAUCCUAUCGUCCUUGCCUCGGAGCAUGCCUCUCGCAAUCGCCUGUGGUGUGUCUUCUGCGAUACUGAUAUUGACGAGCUUGGUUGCUCCUUUGCAUGUGAAAAUGCAAUCAAUCAUCUCGGAAGUGGUGAACAUUUGAAAAUCUUGAAGAAAUUCUUGUGGAAAAAUGGUGGUGGCAUGGAUUGCGUUGAUACUUUCAGAAUUCUGGAAGCUGAUCUCACUAAGUGGAAGAACAAGUGCAAAUCAUUAAAGGAGGAGUCUGUAUCAGCUAGUGGAGGCUCUCAUGCCCUUCCAUUUGUUUCUGCUAAUGAUAUCCACAAUGAUCUGAACUUUGGAAAUAUAAAUAACUCUGACCAAAAUACUUUUGAUCCUUUUAAAUCCAAUUUUUCCAAUGGUGUUAUGCCUUUACAGUAUAAUACGAAUGAGUAUCAGAUAUCACAUUCGAAACUCCUUGAAGUUACAAAUGCUGGACCAGUCAGACAACAUUUUACUUCUCAUAUGCCUGUAGAGACACUUCGGGCUGCAAGUGCAAAUGCUUUGGGAGGUAUGGAAGAUGUCUUUCAUGUUUCUUUCAUCAUGAACUUUGUCAGGUUCAUUCCAUGGCAGAUUUUCCGGUGGAGAAAUAAUUAUCAUGUUAGUUUCUGGUAUAUCCUAUGUACAUGUUUUGCAGUGAAUCAGAAUGCCCAACUUUAUCCUACCUUUAAUGCUAUUGGCUUCUCGGGUAAUAACGAUUCCAGCUGUGUAGCAAUUAACCAGGUUUAUCAGGAUCAACGAGUUAUGAAGGAAGUGAGCAGUUCACAGUCACAGGGUAAUGGAUUGCCAAAUGUUUCUCAGAUGUCUUGCAUGGCUCCAGAAGGGCUUGGAGGAAAUGUGCACACUGGAGCACCUCCUCCUUGGCUUGAAACUUCUGGGGAAAAUGAGUUAAAUGUGAAAAGAUCAGCUUCUAGUAGCUCUAUUUCUCUUUCGAGUAAGUCAGGGAAGUCACAUAAGUUGAAUCCUAAAAGGGUGGGAGCUGCUUGGGCAGAAAAGAGAAAGCUUGAGCUGGAAAUGGAGAAGAGAGGAGAGAUUCUACGGAGCGAUUUUGAUGAUGACUGGCUUCCUAAUUUUGGUAGAGUUUGGCAAUCAGGUAGUCGAAAGGAAUCAAGAAAGGAAUUUGAAAUGGAGAAACAAAAAACACAAAAAGUUGAGGUUCACUCUGAGCCAGCAAUUGAGAUACAGCCUUACAUCAGCAAACGCAUGCGAAAAGAGCAAGUGAGUGGAAGCUCUGGUGAUUGUCAUGGAACUAAUGACGAUUUCGGUGACAAUCAUACUUAGAGAUUUCUCUAAAUAUUCUUUUAUCAUUUUCAUGGGAGACUGGAUUGGCCUGCGGAUCCUUUUUUCAAGGUGGGAUGUGAUGUGAUCACGGUAACCUCUAUGAAUUGGCGUUUUUUAGUCCCACACUGCACAAAGGAUAGAGUCAUUUUGUUUUAGUCCCUUGUCCCUACUCCCUGCUGCAGCCAUGGACCUGGAGACUGAAUUGUGGAGGCAGUUUGUUGAUACCCCUUGCGUAUUACUUAAAUUGGACAAAAUCUGAUACACUGACAUCUAGUUUCUCUCUCUACUAGUUGAAAUAAGAUUAUGUAGCUACUCUUUCUCAACUGGAAUGUCAAGGUGACCUAGGGGACCUUAAUCUGUCUCCUCUGAGUUGUCAGAUUCUGCGUUCCAUAUUUCCGUGUAUCUGACCUCAUGCUGCGAAUCAAUGAACUAACUGUGAAUGACUUCAUCCUUUUCACAUUA